CCGGGCGGGCUGGCGCGGGGCGGCGGCGGCCAUGCAGGCGGCGGCGCAGGGCUCGAAGGCGGCGGCGCAGGCGGCAGCGCAGGAACUGGUGAAGUUCGUGAACCGCAGUCCCUCGCCGUACCACGUGGUGGCCGAGUGCCGCAGCCGGCUACUGCAGGCCGGCUUCCAGGAGCUGAAGGAGACGGAGCACUGGGACGUGCGSCCGGCGCAGAAGUACUUCAUCACCAGGAACUACUCCACCCUCAUCGCCUUCGCUGUCGGCGGCCAGUUCCAGCCCGGAAAUGGGUUCAGUCUGCUGGGGGCCCACACCGACAGUCCCUGCCUCAGGGUGAAGCGUCGCUCUAAGCGGGGACAGGUGGGCAUAGUGCAAGUCGGUGUGGAGACUUAUGGAGGGGGCAUCUGGAACACCUGGUUUGACCGUGACCUCACCGUGGCCGGGAGGGUGAUCAUAAAGGAUGAAGCCACAGGGCGUCUGGAGCAGCGCCUGGUACGUGUGGAGCGGCCCAUCCUCCGYAUUCCUCACCUAGCCAUCCAUCUGCAGCGCAGCAUCAAUGAGAAUUUUGGGCCCAACACCGAACACCACCUGGUUCCCAUUCUGGCCACUGCUGUGCAGGAGGAGCUGGAAAAGGAGGUGCUUAUGGAGUCCACACCUUGCAGUGCUGCAGCCCAGGCAGAGCGGCACAGCCCUGUCCUGCUUUCCCUGAUCUGCCCCCAGCUGGGGAUUAAACCGGAGCAGAUUGUGGAGCUGGAACUAUGCCUGGCAGAUACACAGCCAGCGACGCUGGGUGGUGCCUUCGAUGAGUUCAUCUUCUCCCCACGUCUGGACAACCUGCACAGCUGCUACUGCGCCUUGCAGGCCUUGAUUGACUCRUGUGCAACACCCUCGUCCCUCUCCCAGGAGCCUAACGUGCGUCUCAUUGCGCUCUACGACAACGAGGAGGUAGGGUCAGAGAGUGCACAGGGCGCGGARUCCUUGCUGACAGAGCUGGUGCUGCGCCGGAUCUCAGCAUCACCACACAACCUGACAGCCUUUGAGGAGGCAGUGGCCAAGUCCUACAUGAUCAGUGCUGAUAUGGCCCACGCUGUGCACCCCAAUUACGUGGACAAGCAUGAGGAGAACCAUCGUCCAGYUUUCCACAAGGUGAGAGCUGCCCUCUGGUUUGAACGAUUGCUGUCUGUCCUGCAGCACGCUGGAUUGCCCAGCUGCUCCCAACUCAUGAACAGUCAAAUGGUUUAUCCUGCAAUGGGAUUUGACCAUGCCACAUGUCUGAUGUUAAUCACUCAGGAUCCUAGUCUUGUCCCUCGAGUCCUUCCCUGCUCUCAGCUGCGGCUCUCCCUGUGGGAAGGUUGUCCCCAUCCCCAUGGCUCACCCAGGGAGGGGAGAAUGGUCUGGUGUGUUGGGAUGAUGCAGCAUUGCCUCGGCAUAGAUGUUUCCAGGGCCACUGACUAUCUCUGGGUCCCAUUAUGGGCCUACAGUGCCUUCCCUUGUGCAGGGCCCUGUCAUCAAAGUGAACAGCAACCAGCGCUACGCCUCCACAGCUGUCACUGAAGCCGUAAUCCGGGACAUCGCCGCCCGCGUGGGUGUGCCUCUGCAGGAGUUCAUGGUGCGCAACGACACACCCUGUGGCACCACCAUCGGCCCCAUUCUGGCCUCCC